AUGGAUAUUCUUAUUUGUUCAUCGUCUCUUUAUAAUGCUUAACAAUCUAAUUCAUCUAUCAGAAUCUAAACUUUAAGAACUAAUCUAAGAUCUAAUAGUUUACAUUUAAGAAAUAUCAAAGGGAUUAUUAAAGAUUGUUAGAAAACCCACACUAGAAGAAAAAGCUGUUAUUGCACUGAGUGUGGAUGCUUGGGAAAGUUCUAAUUCGAAAAUAUGAACACAAGAAAGGAAUUAUGCAACAAUUAGAAAGGAUAAGUUGGUAAUACAGAAAGUACCCUAACUUUAACGCUAACAAGUAUAAACUUACUCUUAUAUCUAAAGAAUAAGAAGUUUUUUUUUAAAGAAAGAGAACUACAAAAAAAACAGAUAGGAUAAAAACGAUUAUUGAAAGCAGCACUACUGGUGAUAAAAUAGAUGAAUAGAAGACAUAGUAUUUUAAUUUCAAUUUGCAGUCUAAAUCUUCUCUUCUCUAUAAUAUCAUUGGAAAAAGAGAAUAAUAGAUUAAAUAAAUUAAUAAAAUCAGUAGACCUUAAUGUUUGAAUAAAUUGGAAUAGAGAAUGAGAUGUCUGAUUCCAAUGACUCAAAAGCAUAUUCAAUUACCAAUUCUUACUCAAUGCUGUUGUAGUAGAAUCAAAACUGAAAAUCAAAGUUACCAUAACUAACCAUAGAGUCCAUCAAAUAGAACAAUCAGCAAAUCAAAUUAUAAGAAUUCGCCUUAUUACUAAACUUAUGGAUCGAUAUUAACUCCUUAAGUCAAAUUUAGAAAUAAUCGGAAAAAAUGA